CUCCCGCGAUGCCGCCGGGCCGUGUCCCCCCGGCCCGUGCAGCCGCGGCUCGGGGAGAACAAAAGGCAGGAGCGGGAGGAGGCGCGAGGAGGAGGGCAGGCGGCCGCGGUGGGGGGAUAAAAGGCCCAGCGAGGACCCCCCCCCCUCCUCCUCUGCCCCAUGUCCGAGCCCGCUCCGCCCGGCAUGGCCCGCCCGCCGCUGCCCGCCGCCGCCGCCUUGCUGGCCGCCGCUCUGCUGCACUGCGCGCCCGCCGCGCCCGCCCGCCGCCACAAACCGGACGUGUCUCGGAAGCACCACACGUGGAAGGAGCAGGCUCCGUGGCUGUCUGCCCGGGUGAAGGCCGUGGGCACGGCUGUGCCAGCCAAGGGCGCCCCCGGGGGCGCGGGGGGGCAGCCGGGCUGGAGCCCCCCGCGCUGCGGCGUGCCCGACCUGCCCCUGCCCGACGGGCAGAGCGGCCGCAACCGCCAGAAGCGCUUCGUGCUCUCCGGAGGGCGCUGGGACAAGGCCAACCUCACCUACAGAAUCAUCAGGUUCCCAUGGCAACUUGUAAAGGCUGAGGUGAGAAGGACCAUUGAGGAAGCUCUGAAAGUGUGGAGCGAUGUGACCCCGCUGACCUUCACCGAGGUGCAGGAGGGACGGGCUGACAUCGUCAUCGAUUUCACAAGGUACUGGCACGGAGACAACCUGCCCUUUGACGGGCCUGGAGGGAUCCUGGCACACGCCUUCUUCCCCAAAACACACCGGGAGGGAGAUGUUCACUUUGACUACGACGAGACCUGGACCAUUGGGAACAGCCUGGGCACUGACCUUCUGCAAGUGGCUGCUCAUGAGUUUGGCCACGUCCUGGGCCUGCAGCACACGGCUGUCUCCAAGUCCCUGAUGUCCCCUUUCUACAUCUUCCGCUACCCCCUCAGCCUGAGCGAGGAUGACAAGCAAGGAAUCCAGUACCUGUAUGGGAAACCCUCACGGGACCCUGAGCCAACCCCGACCCAGCCAGCAGAUCUGCCCCAGGCAGGCCUGGAAACAAAUGAGAUUACCAAUGUGGAGGGCGUGCAGCCCGACGCCUGCCGCACGGCCUUCGACGCCGCCGCCACCAUCCGCGGGGAGCUCUUCUUCUUCCGCUCCCGCUACGUGUGGCGGCUCCGCGCCGGCAGGCUGCAGGACGGGUACCCGGCCCUGGCCUCCCGCCACUGGCAGGGCAUCCCCAGCUCCGUCGAUGCCACCUUCGAGGACCCUCUGGGCAACAUCUGGUUCUUCCAAGAUUCUCAAUACUGGAUUUACGAUGGGGAGCGACGGGUAUCUGGUCCCACCCCAAUCGUGGAGCUGGGGCUCCCUGCAUCCCCUGUGCAGGCAGCCCUGGUGUGGGGGGCUGAGAAGAACAAGAUCUACAUCUUCAGUGGGGGCAACUACUGGCGCUUCAACCCCCGCAGGCGGCAGGUGGACAACAUCUACCCGCGGGCCAUGGGCGACUGGCGCGGCGUCCCGCCCGAGAUCGACGCCGCCUUUCAGGACGAGGCCGGUUUUGCCUACUUCCUGAGAGGCCAAGAUUAUUGGAAGUUUGAUCCAGUCCAGGUGAAGGUGCUGGAGGGCUACCCACGCCAGAUUAGCCAGGACUUCUUCAGCUGUACACCCUCCUCCAACUCCUUCAGAUGAGGGGAGCCUGCGUCCUCCACGCUCCCCUGUCAUCUCCCUUUACCUCCAGCAGCCACACAGAGGGUUCUCUCUGCCGUUCCUGGCUUCCUUCCAGGCUCAGACUGACACAACAGGUGUCUGUCACAAGUGACAAAGUUUGCUCCUCUGCAGUUCCAGCAGCCCCAGCCUCGGUUGCUGUCAAUGUAAAAGCAGCUGCCACGUUCUUUACAGGCGAGGGCGGCCACUCUCUGCUAGCAAUAGCACCCCAAAGCCAUCAGGCCACCCUGGAAUGGGAUCGUGCUCCCCAGUUAAUCUGAACCCCAUCCUGUAGAACUGAUCCAAUGGCAUUUCCUACGUUUACAUAACUCACGACGGCAGCCCUUUGCUGGCCGAGGAGGAGCGAUCCCCCGGCCGGGGCUGUGAAGGACACCGACCCUCCCUGCCGAGGAGGAGGACUGCGGCCACAGUGACCCGGCCGGGGCAGCCGAGGGGACCGCCAGGGCCCUGCCCGGCCCUGUCCCGGCUUGAUAUUGUAUCCCUAGCAUGCGUUAGGAUUUUGUACCGAUGUGUAUAUACAUAGACAAGGGGCGCCCUCCGUCCCUCGCAGUGCUGGGUGCCGGUGCUGGACACUGCCCCGCGCUCACCCCGCCGAGCUCCGCGCCCCGGGAUGCUCGGAUGCACUGAUCGCCCUCGUUCCGCCCUUCCCGGCCCGGGCUGGCACCGCGCACCCGCCGUGUGUGCUCAGCCUGCCGCCAACCCCCGGGCUGCCCACAGCCCCCUGCUCUCCCCCUUCCAGCCGAGCUCCCGGUGUAUUUAUGUACCGCCCCGCCACAAUAAAAUCCGCCUCUUUUC